AUGAAGUACGUUGUCGUCUCUGGAGGUGUCAUCUCCGGCAUCGGUAAGGGCGUAAUUGCCUCGAGUACCGGCUUGCUGCUGAAGACACUUGGCGCUCGUGUGACUUCCAUCAAAAUCGACCCAUAUCUCAAUGUCGACGCCGGCACUAUGGCCCCGACUGAACAUGGAGAAGUUUUUGUACUGAACGACGGCGGAGAAGCAGAUCUUGACCUCGGAAACUAUGAGCGUUACCUUGGAGUUACUCUCGGAAGAGAUAACAACAUCACGACCGGCAAGAUCUAUUCUCACUGCAUCACCAAAGAGAGACGCGGUGACUAUCUCGGUCGUACCGUCCAAAUCGUGCCACACUUGACCGACGCCAUCCAGGACUGGAUCGAGCGAGUCGCACGGACCCCCGUUGAUGAAUCCAACGAGCGACCCGAUGUCUGUGUCAUUGAACUUGGAGGUACUCUCGGUGACAUUGAGAGCGCUCCUUUCGUCGAAGGUCUGCGUCAGCUCCGUCGCCGAGCUGGCAAGGACAACUUUGUCCAAAUCCACGUCAGUCUUGUCCCCGUAAUUGGGGAUGAGCUGAAGACCAAGCCCACUCAACAGGCUAUCCGUGACGCUCGCUCUGCUGGUAUGAGCCCCGAUCUGAUUGCCUGUCGCUGUGAAAAGCCACUGGAUCGGGCUACUUCCGACAAGAUCGCUAUGUUCUGUCAGGUGGAGCCUGAGCAGGUCAUUGGCGUGCAUAACGUUGCUUCCACCUACCACGUCCCGCUGCUUCUUGAGAAGCAGGGAUUUUUGCACGUGCUGAGUGAUCUUCUUAAGAUUCAGAAUGUGGAACUUCCUCAGUCUCUAGUGGCCAAGGGUCAGUCCACUUGGAAACAGUGGAAGGCUCUGACCACGUCCCAAGAGCACGUUUUCGACACCGUCGAGAUUGCCUUGGUUGGAAAAUAUAUCAGUCUCCAUGACUCUUAUCUUUCCGUGAUCAAGUCACUCGAGCACGCCGCUAUGGCUUCUCGCAAGAAACUAAAUAUCAUCUGGGUUGACGCCUCGCACCUCGAGCAUAGCGCUCGGGGUGAGAACCCCCAGGAAUACCAUGCCGCGUGGCAUGCUCUUACCACCGCCCAUGGGAUUCUGGUGCCUGGCGGCUUUGGCACCAGAGGCACUGAGGGCAUGAUGCUCGCUGCGCAGUGGGCCCGUACGAAGAAGGUGCCCUACCUAGGAAUUUGCCUGGGUAUGCAGAUUGCCGUCAUCGAGUAUGCCCGUCACGUCUGUGGCCUGGAGGGAGCCAACUCAGUCGAGCUGGAUGAGCGGACUUCCCACCCUAUGAUCGUCUUCAUGCCCGAGAUUGAUAAGGUCAACCUUGGAGGUACCAUGAGACUGGGAUCCCGCCCUACAAUCUUCCAAGAGAACUCGGAGUGGUCUAAGCUUCGGGCCCUCUACGGCCUUGACCGCACUUCUGUCGACGAGCGUCACCGCCACCGCUAUGAAGUGAACCCCGAAUAUAUUGACCGCCUGCAGAAGGCUGGGUUGCACUUCAUUGGCAAGGAUGACAAGGGCGAGCGUAUGGAGAUUGUCGAGCUGAAGGACCACCCCUGGUUUGUGGGUGUUCAGUUCCACCCAGAGUAUCUCUCCCGUGUCCUGGCACCUAGCAAGCCUUUCCUUGGCUUUGUUUCUGCUGCCGCUGGCGUCUUUGAUGAGGUUAUGAAGGCCUCUCAGGCACAUGAGGCGGAUAAGUUGGCCAACGGCGUUGACGGUAUCAUCAUCUAA